CCCGCCGCUCCCCGCCGCUCCCCGCCGCAGGCUCCGUCGGGCCGGACUGGCGGAGCAGCCCCGAAGUUUGCGGGGCGGCCGGCGCGGGGCCAUGUGGCUGCUGUGGCUGUUGCUGGGCUCGGCGGACAGUCAACUGUUGCCUGGGAAUAACUUCACGAAUGAAUGCAACAUUCCUGGAAACUUCAUGUGCAGUAAUGGACGCUGUAUCCCAGGGACCUGGCAGUGUGAUGGGCUGCCGGACUGCUUUGAUGACAGUGAUGAGAAGGAAUGCCCAAAAGCCAAAUCCAAAUGUGGUGCCACAUUCUUCCCCUGCGCCAGUGGGAUCCACUGCAUCAUUGGCCGCUUCCGGUGCAACGGCUUUGAGGACUGUCCUGAUGGCAGCGAUGAGGAGAACUGCACAGCAAACCCCUUGCUUUGCUCUACUGCCCGAUUUCACUGUAAAAAUGGUCUGUGCAUUGAUAAAAGCUUUGUGUGCGACAGUCAGAAUAACUGCCAAGACAACAGCGAUGAAGAAAGCUGCGAAAGCCCUCAAGAGGCAGGGAGCGGCCAAGAUUAUGUGACCUCGGAAAAUCAGCUGCUUUACUACCCGAGUAUUACCUACGCCAUCAUUGGCAGCUCUGUCAUCUUCGUCCUCGUGGUGGCCUUUCUGGCCUUAGUGCUGCACCACCAGCGGAAGCGCAACAAUCUGAUGACGCUGCCGGUGCAUCGCCUGCAGCACCCCGUGCUGCUGUCCCGCCUGGUGGUCCUCGACCACCCCCACCACUGCAGCGUCACCUACAACGUCAACAACGGCAUCCAGUACAUGGCCAGCCAGCCCUACCACCGGCCCGUGGASCUGGACUCCCCACCGUCCUAUUCAGAGGCUGUGCUCGACCAAAGCAGGCCUCCUUGGUUUGACCUUCCUCCACCKCCUUACUGCUCUGAAUCUGAGCCCCCUAACCAGCCAGACCUUCCUCCGUACCGCUCCCGCUCGGGAAGCUUGGCCAGCACAGACACUCCCAUGGCAGAAAGUCCAGUGGGCACAUCUGACAGCUGGACAAGAGAUCUCCAUGGCAGCAUGGAUGGGCACAGAACUCUUCUGGAGAGGACAGGAGAUCAGAGUGAUUCUCUGGUCAGCCACACUGCUGAAAGAGAAGUGUAACUGCUCCAGUGGUUGGGAUGGCAGGAAGGCAUUUACUGUGUCUGUGUGGAUUAAUCUGCUGGGACUAAUAGAUUUCAUGGGGACAUGUGCCUGAAUUAUGACUUGGUUUCAAUUCACACUGAAUUAAUGUCUGAGCUCAGCCUUUUGGAGUCAUCCAAGGCAGAGCAGUGAGGGCUAAACCUAGAGUCACAUCAGCUCUCCACAGUGUUUAUGUGAACAAGUUCUGGUUUAGACAAGUAAGAGAAACAUCAGUGCUUUGUCGAAAGAGCUGAUGUUAUGUAUUUAUUGGACUGCUUACUGUAUAUGAAUGUAUAUAUGUGUGUGUAUAAUAUAUACAGAAGUUGUGCAUGAGAACUGUKCCAGAAGGACUUUGUUUUCAGACUGCCUUCCAUCCUGUCGACGUGGGAGGUGUUUCUUCUUACUGUUUGGUGCCAACUGGUGGUCACUGAAGCACAUGAGAGGCACUCAUUCUGCUUGGAGGUCUGGUGCCCAACGCUGGCUACCUGGCAGGGCCCAAAUCAUAGAAAAUUUCCUA